AUGGAAGCUGAGUGCGAAGAGCUGCAGAUAGACCUGGGCGCUGGCUCCGGGGCCGAUCCUAGGCCCGCGGCCGAGGCACAGUCGGGAAUGACCUGGCUCAAGGCAGCAGAGUACGUCCUGAUGGAAAACGGCGGUCCUGGGAUGCACAUCAGGGACUUGACCCGCACCAUCUUAGAGCUGGGCAUAGUGAGGUCCAACUGCAGCACUAGUCUAGAGACACUACUGUACCGACAGACGUCCAAACCCAUGUCCAAGUUUAUCAGAGUCCCGGGGAAGAUGGGCUGCUUCGGUCUGAGAAGCCCGGAUGAGAUGGUUGGGCGACGAGAGGGAGAGGAGGAGGAGGAAGACAUGGAGGAUAGUACUCCGCUCACUGAUAGUAAGACUACUGCAGCUAGUGGCGGUGUCCGACCUCAUGGUCAGCCGGUGAUGAUGGUGCCUCUGGUGAGUGCUGGGAGGGUGAUGGGAGGCAGGGACGGUGAGGAGAGCUGGAAUUUCAAUCCCAAAGUCAUUUACAAGAGAAAGAAAAGAGAAGGAGGGACAUCGUCCGUGUGUUCAGCCAGUGGUAGUGAGGACAGUGAAUGGAGCUCCAGUUCUGACGACGAGUCUGAGGCUCUCUACCACAGACGAUACGUCUCUGCAAAAAAGAUGGCCAAAGGCAUCAUUUAUGAGAACGUGGCAAUGGCAGAGCAAUUGAGGGUUAUUGAGCAAAAGAUAGCUACAGCCCAGGCAGAAAGACAGUUUCUGCUGGAGAAGUUCAUGAAGUUCCAGAGAGGCAAACCUGGUCCACAGCCGUCGUCCAAGACUAGGAGUAGAGUUGCUGUCCCUGGCUCCGGCACAGCGUCCGCCAUGACUGUCUUAAAGACAAGCUGCUCUACCUCGUUUGGAGCAGGGGCCUCGUCGGCAUCUCGUUCCACCAGGGGUCCCCCUCCCCUCAUCCCUGUCGCUAGCCUCACCACCUCACAGCAGCAGGGUGUGAUUGUUAGUGGGGCAAGGCCAACGUCCACUCUCUCAGCCCUCCUCUCCGGAGGAGAGAGUAUCGGCAGUGGUGGGAGGUCACAGGAAAUGGGCGGGGCCAGUGGAGGGCAGGGGAGGAAGACGGGCGAUCACCAUGUCCCCGGUAGCAGUGAGGGUGGUGGACAGAAGUCUCCAGGUGUCCAAGGCACCCUGGCAUCAGACCCCAGCUCAUCGGCUACCAGUGUCAGUAGUGAGAGUGAGGCUGAGCCCACUCCUGCCCCUCCUCCUCCUCCUCCUCCUCCUCCUCCUACCACCACUGGUACCACUGAACAGCCUGACAGCACACCAAAGGGGAAUAGGAGAAACACGGGGAAGGUCCGUCGACUCCAUCCCAUCCCCCUCAAUGAUGACGGCUCUCCUGUGUUACCAAUCCACAUCGGAGGACUCACCGUGCACAGCCUUGGGAAGAUAGUGUUUGACCGGGUAGCCUACCACACGGAGCGCUACCUGUUGCCAGUUGGUUUCCACAGCAGUCGUACCUACCCCAGUAUGCUCAACCCUGACAGACGAACCACUUACCACUGCACGAUUCUCGACGGCGGGGACGUUCCUCUCUUUGAGAUGCGUGCGGAAGAUUCAGAAGAGCCGGUCCAGGCCACUUCUUCCACUGCCUGUCAGAGUAUCGUCCUCAGAGCCAUCAAUAAGGCCAGGGACAGACAGGCGACCAACUCUGGCUCCGGGCCCGAGUUCUUUGGCUACUCCAACCCCACCAUCCUCAACAUACUCCAGAAACUCCCCAACGCCGGCCGCUGCGCCAAGUACAAGUUCAUAAAGUUUGACAGCCCAGCAGUAGCAGCAGCAAAGACAACAGGAACCACCAAAUCCAAGACCAAGAGGAAGAACGCUGGCAAACGACAGCAACAGUCAAAAGGGGAGAAGGAGAAGUCGCGGACCAAGAAAAUGAGACCAAGUAUUUCACCCCAGACCAGUAGUCACAGGGGGCACAGUGGCAGUGGUGAGGACGCCAACUGA